CGUUGCCCCGUUGAUCCAACCUAGUGGCAAGACAGUGGUGUCCCAGCAACGUAGUGUAAAUAUCGAGUUAUAUUUUUAUUCUAGGUAGUAUGAGAGAGCAUCAGAGAAAUGAAUGAAACAUCAGUUAGUUAAAUACAAAGACUGGGACUGCACUAGCUGAUCCAAUAUUAGCAACAUAGCACGGGUAAUUACAGGGUCACAGCCGAUGGUUGCUUGCUAGCCAAUGGGACUAUUUGACAAGUUGGUCGGAUGGCUGGGCUUAAAGAAGGAGGUGAAUGUGCUCUGCCUGGGCCUGGACAACAGUGGCAAAACCACCAUCAUCAACAAACUCAAGCCUUCCAAUGCCCAGGUGCAAGACAUUGUUCCAACAAUUGGCUUCAGUAUAGAGAAGUUCAAGACAACCAGUCUUUCAUUUACCGUCUUUGACAUGUCCGGUCAAGGCAGAUACAGGAAUCUUUGGGAACAUUACUACAAGGAAGGGCAAGCUAUAAUAUUUGUCAUUGAUAGUGCAGACAAGCUAAGAAUGGUUGUAGCCAAAGAAGAAUUGGAAACAUUAUUAAAUCAUCCCGAUAUUAAACACAGGAGGAUCCCCAUCCUUUUCUUUGCUAACAAGAUGGAUGUCAGAGAUGCUCUGUCUUCUGUCAAGGUCUCACAGCUGCUCUCUUUGGAGAACAUCAAAGACAAGCCCUGGCACAUCUGUGCCACUGAUGCUAUCAGAGGAGAAGGUUUACAAGAAGGAGUUGACUGGCUGCAAGAUCAAAUCAAAACAAUGAAAACAUGAGCGCAUGAGGAGCAACCACCAGAAUAACCAUCAGGAUUCACAGAUAUUUUUUAAAAUAAUUGUUUUGCUGUUUUUGAGGCACCACUUGAAGCAGAUGCUGUUUCUGAUGACAUAUAAGUGUUAAAACAAAAAAUGCAAAUGUCCAAAAAGCAAGGGGACCAGAGUUUCGCUUGGUUAGAGAAGUGCACAAAACGCAGCAGGUGGACUUGGUAAAUGCUUCCUAUAAAAGUUUUAAGAUUCGUUAAGAUGCAUUGUUGUUUGGGUAAAUUUUACUUCAUUGUAAAAAUCAUUGGGAAUCAGAAGAAAAACGAGGCAAAAUGCUCUCAGAUUCCUGCCUUUUUCAAAACUACAUUGGCUGUUUUGUGUUUACACUAACAACAGGCAUUUUGUCCUCACUUCACAUAAUUUAGAAUGGAGCUCUGCUCAAUUUGAGGCAAAGUUUCUCUAGGACAAUAAACAAAAAAUAAAAAAAAAAUGAAAAAGAAAUUAAGAAAACUGCAAAUAUAAGUCAAAAUGAGUCUCUGCAAAGCUGUAUUCCAACCUCCGUUCUUUUGGGCUUGAUUCCAUUUCUAAUGAACAAAGAUGUAAGCAUUCAAAAAGGCUGCUUUCAGUUCACUCUCAAUACUUCAAUGAAUCAAAGGCAGACCAGAAAGCAUAAAAUUACAGUCUAUACAAAAGAUAUAUUUUUUUGUUGUUGUUCUUGUUUGUUUAAGGCUUUGAUCUUUUUAUAUAGACUGACCUAGAGCUUGCCAUAAAAGCAGCUUGUUUCGUCCAUAUUAGCCUAUGCUACUUCAGCCCUGGUUUCUAAAAAUGUUUUCUGUGUUUUUAAGCCUUUUUUGGUUACAAUUAAUCAGUUUGAUAGAUAGAUAGAUAGAUAGAUAGAUAGAUAGAUAGAUAGAUAGAUAGAUAGAUAGAUAGAUAGAUAGAUAGAUAGAUAGAUAGAUAGAUAGAUAGAUAGAUAGAUAGAUAGAUAGAUAGAUAGAUAGAUAGAUAGAUAGAUAGAUAGAUAGAUAGAUAGAUAGAUAGAACAUAACUAAGCUCACAGAUUUAAAAGUGGCAGCUACAAAGGCUUCAGGUUGCAUUUAUUUCUAAGAAAUAAUCUGACUUUAAUGCACUAAAUUCAAAUCAACACAUUUCUUUAUUUUAAUCCUUUAUCUAUGCUCUGUCAAAGGCUUGUGAAUUGUGGCUAAAUAAUGUUUAGCAGCAAAAGCCAAACAGAAACAACUUUUUCUAUCAUCAUUUUCAAUGUUGUGCUCCUGCAACAACUCAGAAACUAACUGUUCCAAAAGCAAGACUUUAUUGAACUAAUUACAGCUUGUGUUAUGUCAAAGAGGUUUUCUUUAAUGUGGAUUGCGUGUAACUAAAAUGGUGCAGAUGGAGGUAGCUGUUUAAGUAACAAUCAGGUAUUUGUAAAACAUAAUGGUAGAUGUGAAGUAGCUCGUACUUGUAUAGCAUAUAAAGUUCAGAGAACCCCAAAGCUCUUCACACAUCCUCACACACAUAGAACAUACUCUGAACUAUUAAAACCUUAUCAAUUUGUUUAGAUAGUUAGGGAUCAUAUGCUAAAAAAAAAGUCUGUGAUAGUUGUCAGGAAAGCAUAGCAAAAUAUGUUUUAAUUUAUGUUACUUAUUUAAAAUGUUCUGUCUGACACUCUGAUGCUGUGUUUGUUGUGAAAAGCUGGCGCACGUUAGUCUCAUACAUCAGAUGCCAAUGCUUUUUCUUCAGCGCUUCAUCUGUGAAACAACCAAAUCAAGAAAACUCCUGCUUACUAUAAGUGAAAACCAUGUGGAUUUGGAAUAUUUCUGUGAUUGUAAAAUAUCUUGACUUGCUGUAAGGAGUUUAGUCAGCAUCUUGUAGAGAUCUCAGGUCAUAUCUGAAGGUCAUCUGUCCUUGAUUAAUAAUGUUUUAUAUUUUAAACCGAUAUCAUUUUUAGAUUAUUUGCUGAAACUGCAUUUUUGAAAAAGCCUGUUUCUAUUUUAUUCUGUGUUUUAAUUUUCAAAUAAUAAAUUUUGUGGAAAUCCAACAUUUCUUCAUGUUCAGGUGUUAUGUUCAUAUUUCAGAUGUUAUCCCAAAUCUUGUGUCUCUUUCCAUCUCUCUUCCUUUUAUUCAGGCUUUUUUAUUUUUUUUUGGAGAUCUUCUGGAGCUGCCAGCAACAGCUGCUCAUUAAACCUCCAGUCCUAUGACUCCGAACAAAUUAUUUGGUUGAAUGUAAUCAGUGAAGUUACAGAUGUUGAAAGGUUUUCUAUGAACACAAUAUAAUUGUUAUUUUAUUUUAUUUGUUUUUUUUACAAUAGUUGUGCUCAGAAAUGCACUAGGUAUGUACAUUAUAUCUAAUGGGAUUCUUAUUAUAAACAAAUCACAUGAAUGCCAAAACA